AGUUCACAAACACAAUUUUUAAAUAGAGAAAUGGAAAACGCACGUGAAUACUGAAUAGUAACCUGAAGUUAUUAUUCAGGUCAAUUAGGGCAUCGGCGAACAACCACUCCGGCGAGCCACCUUCUCCGGCGAGCCACCUUCUCCGGCGAACGAUAGGGCAGACUCUUGAUAUCAUCAAUGGAGAUAAAGCGAGAAACAAGCACCUCUGUUUCAGACCCUAGUCCCUCAAAAUCGAAGAACAAGAACAGCAAGGGAAAAGCGUUGAAAAGGGGACUGAACAUAGAAGGCUAUCAAAUUGAAGGAAUUUCGAUUGCUGGUCAUGAAACAUGUGUGAUUAUCCCCACUUUAAACUUGGCCUUUGACAUUGGCAAGUGCCCGCAACGUGCUGUGUCUCAACAGUUUCUCUUCAUCUCCCAUGGCCACAUGGACCAUAUUGGAGGGCUGCCUAUGUACGUGGCCACACGCGGCCUCUAUAGAAUGACGCCACCAACAAUUUUUGUGCCCAAGGCUGUUAAGGAAAGUGUUGAGAAGAUUUUUGAAGCUCAUAGAGCUAUGGACCAAUCUGAGCUCAAGCAUACUUUGAUUGCCUUGGAUGUGGGAGAAGAGAUUUGCUUAAGAAAGGAUCUAAAAGUAAGGGCGUUCAAGACUUAUCAUGUUAUUCCCAGCCAGGGCUACAUAGUUUAUUCCAUAAAACAUAAGCUUAAGCAAGAAUACAUUGGUCUUCCAGCAGAAGAGAUAAAGAAAUUGAAGUCAUCAUGUGUGGAGAUCACAAACACUGUAACUACUCCUGAAAUUGCAUUUACGGGAGACACAAUGUCAGAUUUCAUUUUGGACAAUGAUAAUAUUGAUGCUUUGAGGGCAAGGAUACUCAUUGUGGAGAGCACCUAUGUCGAGGAAACAGUGACAGCAGAGAAUGCUAGGGAAUAUGGACACACUCAUUUGUCUGAAAUAGUGAAGCAUGCAGACAGAUUAGAAAACAAAGCUAUACUUCUAAUCCACUUUUCGGCUCGUUAUCAACUCGAUGUCAUUCAAGAAGCUAUCUCUGCAUUGCCUCCACCUUUGGCAGGAAGAGUUUUUGCCCUUACAGAAGGUUUUUGAUGAUUUUAAGGAUAUUUUUUGAAAAUGG